AUGACUUCCGUCGGCGAACAGAUCUUUCUUUUCGGAUCCCCUGUCGACGAGCCUAUGCCCGGACUCAUGGAGGUCCUGGCUUACGCGGACCUGAUGCUAUCAGGUUCUCUGAUUUUCGCCUUGGUUGUCAUUGUUGGCAUCCUCGGCUUUUACUGGGAGGCGGUCUACCCAAUGGCCGUCUGGGGAGCGAACAAGCUCACCCAGGUCACUUGCGGCGUGGCCUCCAAGGCGGGCUGGCUCUUGAAAGAGCUCCUAUCAGUCCGAUCGUAUGGCGAUCUCAAAGCCAUGAUCGGCAAGGCUGAGGCGAUACUGGCAAUGGCAAUCUCGCAGAGUCUCGUGGGUCGAGUUGUGUCUGGCAUCAUCGACUUCUACUUCCCCGGCGACUGUCCUGCAAAGACCAUCAUUAGGAUCGGUUUUACAUUCAUCGCCUACAUGGCUGCGGACGUGUUUGUUUUCCCUUUUGUCUCCCACUGCUUCACCGGCAUCUGCGAUGCCAUAAGCGUGGUGGUGUUUGACACCAGGGAUUAUUACCCCGACAUGCUCCCUGAAAUACCCCAUGCCGAUAUCGUUUCGGGCGUUGCCCUCUGUCUUCUUCUCCUCUUCGUCGGCGCUUUCUGGUUUUUCUCUGAGACCGAGUCCAGCGGUCCAGUAUCUCACAAACCAUCCUCCGCAUCAUCUCCCGCAACCCCGACAGAGGGUAACAAAGCCCAAGAGCCAGCCCAGCCAGCCGCAAACCCCACCAUCACAUCCCCGUCCACCUCUACCAACACAUCCUCCGCCGCCGCCGCCGCCACGUCCACCUCGUCCUCGCCUUCUAUCUUGCUCCCCUUGCCAACCUUUAGGGAUAUGCACUCUGCACUUAAGAGCUGCAAAUCAGCCCUCAGAAAGGAAAAGGCCACAGUCAAGGAAGCUGAACAGGUGAUCAAGCGCCAGUCCGACGAAAAGGAAGCGCUCCGACAAGCCCUCAUCCAGAAAGACUACCAGCUUCGAGUUGCCCGCAACAACUUGAAAAGCACCGCGGUUCAGCAGGAUGGGAAAGUGCAAGUCCUCAAGGGCGAAGUGGGCCGGCUCAACGGCGAUCUCGACUUUCAAACCGAGAAGACCUUUCGCGUGGAACGCGAGGUCGCAGAGCUUCAGGAUCGCUUGGAACAACCGGCUUUGGAUCAGGCCUUGGUCAGCCAGGCCGUGUUGAAGGAACAGAGCUUCGAGGCAGAGAAUUGCUCCGCCAGCGGCAAUUCUGAGCGAGAGGCGUACCUUAUGCGAGAGGCGUACCUUAUGGAGCAGCUGGAGCUGAAGUCGCAGACCGAAGACAGGCUGCGCAGCGAGUUUGAGUCUCUUCGAGCGGGCAUGCAAAGCGAGAUCGAGAAGAUCCGAGUUCAGUAUUCCCAGGAAGCUCUCACGAGCGUGAAUGAGGCCAAGCAGAUGCUAAGUAAAUCCGAGGAAAUUUUCCAAAAACAGCUCCAUGCGGCGACUGAGGACGCCAAAGCCAAGGCGUCAGUGGUGAAGGAUCUCGAUGAGCAGAUCAUGUGGCUUAAGGCUGAGGUCCUCGGCGAAAAGUCGGAUAAAAGUGAUCUCGUGAAAGAGGUCAAGGAUCUCAAGGAGCAGAUCCAGGAGCUUAAGGAGACAAACCUGGAACUGGAGCUACUUGUAUCUGCCGAGCCAGCCCAGCCAGCAGUCUCUAAGCCAGAACCGACCGCCGAGGAGGACCAGCCAAUACUGGCUCGCUUGGGAGCCCCGAAUCCCCAGGAUGUCGGCCACGAGCUUAUGAGGAAGGGCGCCGAAGCCCUCGCUGCCCAGCAGCGUGUGGACUUCGAGCGCCGGAUCCAGGAGCGCGAGGCGACGAUCAAGGAUCUUACGUCCAAGGUCAGCGAUGGUCAGAAACAUGUCCAAAUCACCACAAAUAAUAUCGAGAGGGCAAAUAAGACCAUCCAGGACCUGAAUGCCGAAUUAAAGGCAUGCAGGGAACAAGGGGCAUCCCAGCAGCAGGACGCGGACGAUGGGAAAGCCGCCGAGCUUAGUCGGCAACUGGGUGCAUCCAGGGAGGAGGCAGAGGCAAACCGUCUCGAGGCGGUUCGUGCCAUCGAACACAUCAAGAUGCUCGAGGUGCAAAUGCGGGAGGCCCUGAUGCGGGAGGCCCAGAUGAAAGCACAGAUGCAGGCCCAGAUGCAACCAGAUGAUCAAAAGAUCACGCCGAUGAAGUCCUCUAACCGGGGCUCCAUCGCCACUAAGCUCGAGCAGGCCAGAGUGGAGAUAGUGACCCAGGGCAACACUAUCAGUGACCUCCGAAAGAGGAUCGCCCAGUUGGAGGCUGGCCAGGCGCAGUGA